AUGUGUGUGGGUGAUUUCAACGAAAUUAUUCGUCAGGAAGAAAAACUUGGUAGAGCAAUCUGCAACCAUAGGAAGAUGCAACUUUUUAGGGAUGUGUUGGAUGAGUGCGGAUUUCUUGAUUUGGGUUUUGUGGGUAGUAGGUUCACAUGGAGUAAGCAUUUUGCAGACGACCACUCUAUUUGGGAGAGACUUGACCGGGGUGUGGCCAAUGCUAACUGGUUUCUUAAAUUUUCAGGGUUGGAAAUUCCACUCCGGAAGAAGAUGUUUAGGUUUGAGAAGAUGUGGCUUUCAGAUGUACGGUGUGCGAAGAUGGUGGAGGCUUCAUGGUCAUCAUAUUCCCAUGAGCAUGAAGACGAUGCAAUCAUUAGGAAAAUGGAACAAUGUGGUAAAGACCUUACAUGGUGGAACCAUAAUAUUUUUGGUAAUGUGAGAAAGGAAUUGGCAAAGAAGAAGGAGCUUUUGGUGGUUGCCGAAAUGGAAGCACAAACACAUAGGCAGAAUGCACGGCUUAGGGCCCUUAAAAGAAGAAAUUAA